AUGGCACACGCUCACGCUAGCUCCAAGGCCGACCUCACGCCGGUGCGGUUGUUCGACUGCUCCCAUAUUGUCGCACUCGUGACCGGUGGUGCAACGGGUAUUGGCGAGAUGGCUGCAUCUGGUCUUAUCCAGGGAGGUGCAAGAGUCUUCAUCGCAUCGCGGAAGGAGUCAGAGUUGAAAAAAACCGCCGAUAGGUUGAACAAGCUCGGCCCCGGCAAGUGCUCCUAUAUCGUGGCAGAUCUCAAGGAUAAGAAAGGAUGCGAUGAUCUUGUCGCCAAGGUGAAGAAUGAGACUGAUCGGUUGACCGUACUGGUCAAUAACACCGGUGCCACUUGGGGCGCGCCUUAUGAUGACUUCCCAGAGAGUGCUUGGGAUAAGCUGAUGCGGCUCAAUGUCAGCUCGAUUUACUACAUGACCGUCGGACUGGAGCCUCUGCUACUGAAAGAGGCAACACCAACGAACCCUGGCCGAGUCAUUAACAUUGCCUCCAUGGCCGGCAUCACCACCGUGGAUGUCACAGCUGGUGAUGACGGAGGACUUUCGGCGCCAGGCCACGGCACCUUUUCCUACGGACCAUCCAAGGCAGCGUGUAUCCACCUCUCCCGCAUCCAGGCCUCAAAGCUCGCGCCCAAGAACAUUAAUGUCAACUGCAUCUGCCCCGGUGUCUUCCCAUCCAGAAUGACGAAUUACGGAAUGGAGCAGUUUACUGACACCCUCCUGGAGCGCCAACCUACCGGCCGUGUCGGCAAGCCCGAGGAUCUGGCCGGCCUCGUCAUCUACCUGUCUACCCUGGCAGGCGCUCACAGCGUCGGGAAUGUCAUCGAGCUCGACGGCGGCUCUACCCGCUCCGGCUGGAGGUCGUCGAAGAAGGGCAGCAAGCUGUGA